AAUCAAGCAUUCAGUUCACGAUCCAGAUUUUAUCCGGUUUUACGUACGUCAAAAAUGUCAAGCCACAAAGAGGAAAGAAUUAUAUUGAAUGUUGGCGGAAUUAAGUACGAGACAUACCGUUCAACGCUCACUGCUUAUCCAGAUACUAUGCUUGGUACGAUGUUCCAAGAAAGAAAUGGAUCAUUGCUUCAUCCGACCAACGGCAAUGAAUAUUUCUUUGAUCGAAACGGAUAUGCAUUUCGUUUCAUAAUUGAGUUUUAUCGUACUGGUAAGAUUCUUUGGGAAGAACCAAUAAGACCUUAUAAUAACACAAGUUCUUUGAUGGUCACUCGUAAUGAAUUACAUGAAGAAAUAGAAUAUUUUCGUAUUCCAUAUAAUCUCGGUAUUGAUAAUAGAAGAGUACGAUUCAAAAAACGACCAGCCGAGGUUAUCGAUGUAUUCGUAUUAGUGCUAGAAUCAUUUAUUGACAUUGUCUUGCAGGAAUGGCAUGGUGAUGUCAAAAUAUAUCUUUAUGAGGAUAUGAUUUCUUUCAAGGCUUUUUUUGAUAAUGAAGACGUGUCAAAUCGUCAAUUUGCGAAUCCAAAUGAUUUCAAAGUUUUUAAAAGGAUGGGAUAUAAAAUUUUAAAUUCUUUUGCUAAAAAUAUUGCAGAAUAUUUUAAAAAAAUUGAUCCCUGGGCUUCAAUGGGAUUGCCAUCACUUCGAUAA